UUUGUUCUCCCAACUGUUCAACACACCUGCGGAAGGAGAAAAGUAGGGAUGAAAAAUACUUAAGAGGAGCACACAGAGUCGUUAGAACAAGGGCAAGGAGAAAGGCAGUGUUUCUUCCACCAUGGCUACUGUUUAGAUUAAUAGGAAGAGAUUGGAUAACUGGAACGGAAAAUGGCUCCUUCAGCGACCUUUAGUGUGCACAGUGCCAUCCCCGAGAACGAACCUUAAAAAUGGAUAUGCUCAAAACAUUCAUCAAGGAAACAGGGAGCAGGCAGCUGACAGCCACUUGAGAGAGAAGCAAUGUCUAUGCAGUACUAACAACCUGCAAACGGGAUAUGCUAGAAUAAGAGACCUUCAAGCAAACUCACCUGAAACAACACUGUUCACAGACAACUGCAAAGCUUAAAAAUGCCACUUUUUGGCUGGAUGAAAUGGUCAAAAACUGAUUCCUACAAAUCCACAAGAUGUCCUGGAUCAGAAGUAGUUACAAAAACCCUGCUGAGGGAGUUGAAAUGGCACCUGAAAGAGCGUGAAAGACUACUACAAGAGAUUGAAAAUGAACAAAAAGUCCAGAAAACUGGCAUGGAUUACAACUGGCUCAAGAACUACCAAAACCCUCAAGCAACAAUUCCAGCUACUGAGCAACGGCAGCUUGAAGUUCUGUGCUCUCAAAUCCAGCCUUGCCAAACAGGAACUGUUCUCAGCAGAUUUCGGGAAGUUUUGGCAGAAAAUGAUGUUUUACCGUGGGAAAUAGUCUACAUAUUCAAGCAAGUUUUAAAAGAUUUUCUUACCACCAUUGAGAGAGAAAACCAAGCAGAGCAGCUGGUAGAUGCAUGGAAUACAAAUUGCCCUGAACAUUUUAGUCUGCGUGGUGACAGCUCCAACAAGCCAGACAAAGAUGAAAUCCCCACAGUUUCAAGUUAUGUCGACAAAAACACACAAAGCAUGUUUCCCACCUUCUCUCACAGAAUCUGGAAUCUACCCUAUUACUACCCUUCAAGUUAAAUUGGUUUGUGUUACUUUCAAAAAGUUAUGUAGCCAUCCACAUUCCUCUUCUUGUAAUUGCCAUCCAGACAGAGAGGAGUAAGAAACGUGACAUGCUCCCCUUUUUAUUCCAAGUUUAGAAAUUAAAACCCUUUGUAAUAGCUAGUAUGCAGUAACUUAGGUAUCAACUCACCUUUUACCUUUAUAGUUUCUUAGAGCUGUUGUGUUUGAAGCUAUCUUUUAAUCAAAAGCGUAGAUGUUUCUGAAAAAAAAACUCUGAGGCAGUUUAAUUUUCAGCCAUAUAGAGCUAGAAAUAUUUAAACAACAAAAAAAAAAUAAAAAAAAGAAUGCUCUGCAUAUUUUGAAACAGCAUCAAUCCACAGAGUUUUAGACAAAAACUUCUGUGUUUGUCACAUAGCUUUUAGGCUCUAUGGGAACUUUAUACUGUGUAAAAGAAAUGGUUUAAUAUAACAUCAGUUAAAUAAACUGGGAAAUAAUUUUUG